CAAAUUCUAUCAUUACAUCCUUAUUUUUCACUCGGCCGGGGUAUUGACUUGAGCAUAUUUGGUGCGUGAAGCAAGAUACUAAUGGCUAAAGUCAUGUUUGUUUUGGUCAGCUUCCUCGUAUUAUGUUGUUACACAAUCAACACUUGCGCCUUCUCAUCUUCUGGAUGGACCAAUGCCCAUGCCACUUUUUAUGGAGGUAGCGAUGCCUCUGGGACAAUGGGAGGAGCUUGUGGGUAUGGGAAUCUGUAUUCGACAGGGUACGGAACUGAUACAGCAGCAUUAAGUACUGCAUUAUUCAACGAUGGAGCAUCGUGUGGGGAGUGCUACAAAAUAACAUGCGAUUAUCAAGCAGAUCCCAGAUGGUGCUUAAAAGGAGCAUCAGUAACCAUAACUGCCACAAACUUCUGCCCUCCCAAUUUUGCUUUGCCCAACAACAACGGAGGGUGGUGCAACCCACCUCUUAAACAUUUCGACAUGGCUCAACCCGCAUGGGAAAAGAUUGGUAUCUAUAGAGGAGGGAUCGUGCCCGUCUUAUUCCAAAGGACUCCAUGCGUGAAGAAGGGAGGGGUUAAGUUCAGUGUGAAUGGGAGACACUACUUUGAGCUUGUGUUGAUCAGCAAUGUGGGAGGGGCUGGAUCUAUUCAAUCUGUGUCCAUCAAAGGCUCAAAAACAGGAUGGAUGACCAUGUCAAGAAACUGGGGUGCUAAUUGGCAAUCCAAUGCGUAUUUGAAUGGUCAAUCUUUGUCCUUUAGGGUCACAAUCACCGAUGGUGUAACUAGGCUUUUCCAAGAUGUUGUUCCAGCAAAUUGGGCUUUUGGCCAGACUUUCCCUACUAGUGUCCAGUUUUAAGGGCUACAAAGGACUAUUGAGUUGUGUGGGUUUUGGACUUUCUCGUGAACGAAACGGCAGUGGCGUGCUUAUUAUUUUACUGGAGCAGCCCGCCACCUAUCUUUUCUGCUUUUGAAUUUGGUAAAUAUGAACUUGAUGGCCUUAAUGAAGGAAUUAUAUAAGGAAUUAUAUGUCAGCUGUAAGCCGUGUAAAAUAAACAUCUUCAGAGUUUGAAUCAUACGAUACUAUGUGAACACUUUUGUUGAGUUUUUA